UUUGAGUCAAGCAAAUCUCUGAGGAGAUACGAUUGAACUUCCCAUAUCUCUCUGCCUUCCCCGUCAUAAAUGCUGGCUCAGCAUUCGAGGGACGUGACAGCUAAAGCUGGCGCACGUUAUGCAGGAGGGGCGUUAAGCGCCUGCCACGUGUGGGACGCUAGUUGGCGCGUCAGAAACACGCAAUUCUCUCCAGCGAAACGCUCCAGCUUGAAGACUCAGUACGCCGAAUCAACUUCGCAAUACUUUCAGGAUUCACCGGAAACGAUGGCGUAUGAGGGAAGCACCAGUUCGAGCACUGGGGAUGAUGGUGGCGACCUUCCUAUUGCGUCUUCUAGCAGCUCGUCUACUGAAGAGACACCCAGCCGUAAAGAAGGGAUGGGGGAUGUGGUGAGCAGUGUCUCAGAUCGGCUGGUGGUUGGGGAAUGGGAAGGCGUGACAAUCCCGGGCAGGUUGAGUAACCUACGAAAAGCAUCGAAGGACCUGCUCGCUGGAUUCAGGUUCAAGGCUGCACUUCAUCAUGAAGUAGCAGACUGUGCGCCCUCCAUAAGUGGGGCGUGCACAGUGUCGCAAACGGGCUGGAUACCAGUGUACGCGAACCACUUUGAUGCCGGCCUGCGGUUUCCCCUGGCCGGCCUGGUAUUCGAUCUGCUCGCGGAUUACGAGCUGGCGCUGACGCAGCUAACGCCCAACAGCAUAAGGUUCAUCAUAGGCUUUAUGCUGUUGUGCGCGAGAUUGGAGGUACCAGCUAAAGCGAUAGUGUUCAGGUCGCUAUUCCAGUGCCGGUUGUGUCCGAACUCACGAGGAGCGAAGUGGUACUACCUCUCUGGGAGGAAUAAGAGCCAGCUCUUCAAAAAUGUGAGGAACAAGGUGGCGAGGUGGAAGAGACAGUUUAUUUUUGUUCGCGACACACGAGCAGAAAGGAUAAGCAACGACCUCGCUGCCCAGCUGUCUGAGUGGCGCACCCUCAACGCUCAUAUCAACUAUCCUCAGCUAUUGCCCCGGGAUGUCGAUCUGAAGAACCAGCUGCUUAAGUAUGCGCAGAGGGAGGGUCUAAUAGAUCUAGAAGCCCUGGUUACCUCGGAGCAUCUCGCCGUGUUCGGGUUUGUCGAUGUGACAAACCUGUUCAGCGAAGGUAUGUUUUUAUCAUAUAGUACUAGUUCUAGCCGAGCUGAGUCUUAUGCGUUUUUCUGUGCAGGAGACAUGAGCAGCAUCUUGGAACGCCAACGACAGCGAGCCCAAGGCUCACGAGAUCGUGCGUCGGGCAGCGCGCAACCCCGGCAGACAAGGUUUGACGAGCGGCCACCCCCGGCGCCUCAAUCACGCGGCUCGUCACACCGGGGAUCCAACUCAUCGUCAAGGCCACGAGCCGAUCACAGGGUUGAGGCUGCGGCGCCUGGUGCACGCAGACGUGCACACGAGGAGAUAGAGAGCGAGGAGGAUGAGGUCCCCCUUGCUCGGCGCAGAAUAAGCGGGGGGACUCAGCCCGCACAGGCGGCGCGUCCUACAACCGUGCGCUCACCCGCUGUGCCGCCAGCGACUGCGCGGGCUGUAGUAGAGCCCGUCUCUGUCUCAGCUUCAACGUCGGGCCCCAGGAUCGCUUAUCCUGAGGGCUUCACCUAUGUGCGGGCGGAGUGUCAGCCUGCCAUGGUGCAAGCCAUGCACAACUUUGUGCCCCCCGCAGACAGUAAGCGGGCAAAAGCAUUUGUGCAGCAGCAUGGCGAGCAGGUCGCCAUGAUCAAGCUAAUGGAUGUAACAUUCAGCUACGCUGUAGCACUGUACGAGAGCGAGCAGAGGGCUCGUACAAAGAACAGCGAGCUCGGUUCCAAGUGCAAACAGCUGGCUGUAGAAAAGGCUAGCCUUGUGGACAAUGUGAAUCGUCUGCAAGGCUCCGAAAUGGCAAACCGAGCUGCGGCUGCAGAGAGCCGAGCGGAUGAGCUCGCCCAUAGGAUCAACGAGCUCAAGGAGGAGCUAGAGCGAGUCCGUGCCGAAAAAGAAAGCGGGAUUCAAGCGGGAAAGGACAAGGCCGCUCGAGUUGAAGAGCGGGCUAAGAAGGCUGAGGGCGAGAGGGACCGUGCUUAAACCGAGCUGGGUUCCUUAAAGUUCCUUUAAUUG